UUAAUCAAGCUCUUUGAAUUGAGGCGCCCUAACCUCACUUUCUUUUCCUCGCGUAUCUCCAAAAUUUGAAGAAACCGUACUUCUCGAAUUGAAAAUGGCAAGCGGUGGGAAUCCAGCAAAUAAGCAUAUUCUGCACAGUAGCAUAUUCAAUAAAACCCUUAGGGGUUGGCAAGGUUUGAACUGCGAAAUAACGCAAAAGAAUCUUAUGUACCCUAUAUUCAUAGUCGACGACGAGAAUGCCGUACAACCCAUUCAAAGCAUGCCUGGUAUUUCAAGAUUCGGGAUCAACAGGCUCAAAGAUCACUUAUCCCCUCUUGUCGAGAAAGGUUUGCAAUCUGUACUUCUCUUUGGAGUUAUCAAUAAUGUUCCUAAGGAUGAGACUGGUUCCAAUGCAAGUACCGAGAAGAAUCCAGUGUUGAAGGCAGUUCCAAAGCUGAAAACAUGGUUUCCGUCUUUAACAGUAGCCUGUGAUGUUUGUUUAUGUGCCUAUACUUCGCAUGGUCAUUGCGGAAUCCUUGACAAGGAUGGGUAUAUCAAAAAUGAUGACAGUAUCAAGAGACUAGCUGAAGUGGCUUUAGCUUACGCUAAAGCAGGCGCUGACAUUGUUGCUCCUUCUGACAUGAUGGACGGAAGAAUUGGUGCUAUAAAGCAAUCGUUGAGGGACAAUGGUUUAGUCAAUAGAGUAUCUGUUUUAUCGUACACUGCUAAAUUUGCAUCGAAUCUCUAUGGGCCUUUCAGGGACGCUAGUAAAUCAGCACCAGCGUUCGGGGAUCGAAAGUGUUACCAAUUACCUUCGGAAAGCACCGGUUUGGCAUUGAGGGCUGCCGCUCGAGACGUAGAAGAAGGAGCUGACAUGUUGAUGGUGAAACCUGUACUUAUUUAUAUGGACAUCGUCAAGGAGCUGAAGAACAAAUAUCCGGAAUACCCAAUGUUCGUUUAUCAGGUAUCGGGAGAGUUUGCGAUGAUUCACCAUGCCGCCAAAGCUGAAGCUGUCGAUUUGAGGCUUGUUUUAACCGAGGUUUUGUCUUCGCUGAGGAGAUCAGGUGCUGAUGUUAUAAUAACUUACUUCACACCUCAGAUAUUGGACUGGAUACAUGGGGGCAGCAAGUUGUAAUUCGUUGUUGUUCAUAGUGAAAUUUUUAAUAUAUUGAUCGGGGUGAUUCAACUGGGAGGGGUUCAGUGUUUAUUUAUUUUUGUGAUUGGAUAAAAGAAUUGGUGUAGUGGUACGAUAUCGACAGCAUGUGCCUGUAAAAGGAAUGAAAGCCUGCGUAAAAUGUUCUAUGUACUCAGUAACGUUUACUAUAUGAGAAAUAUACAAUAAUAAAGUGUAAAUCAAUAAAUUUCAUAAUAUACAUGACAUACAGUUUCAAACUGUCGAUAUAACAAAUACAUUAUAUACAAACA